AUGCUUCAUGUUGUCCUCUUCCGGCCUCUUAUCCCUGCUAAUACUGGGAACAUUGGACGCACUUGCCUGGGUUUCGGAGCAAGGCUACACCUGAUCAAACCGCUCGGGUUCGAUCUGUCCGAGCGAGAAGUUAAGAGGGCCGGGCUUGAUCAUUGGGAGCACGUGGACCUAGCCGUCCACAACACCUGGACAUGCUUCACUGAGAGCAUGCUACCCGUGCUGGGUCACAACAACAGCGGCGGCGGCGGCGGCGGCAACAUCUACCUGGUGUCGAAAAGGCUCAAGCUUGGGUCGACGCCCAUAGCGGACGUCGAUUUUUUUGCGCCAACGCCGAAACCUCCUCCGAUCGUGGCCCAACCCGGGGGGGGCGCCGGGGAACUUUCGUCGGAUACUGUUGGUAGCUCUGCGUGCAGCGAGGGCGACGUUGCCCUCGUGUUCGGCAACGAAGUGGACGGGUUGUCGGGGCUGGAAGAAGGGGAAAGGGGCCGCGCCCUACCGGCCGUCUACCUGCCCAUGCGUGACGACGUAAUCCGAUCGUACAACCUCUCCAACGCGGUAGCGAUGGCUGUUUACGAGGUAGAGCGGCAGAGGAGAGAGGCCCCGCGAAUACGAGACAUGGGGAGGGGGGGAGAACAAGGCAGGCCAACUUCGUCAACGGUGUAA